AUGAAAAUUUCUCAUCUUCUGGACAAAUCUGAUGAUGGAAGGUCUCACACAGGUGCGUUAUUUUUUGUUGUUAGAGAUAAAAAUGUGGGUGCUCCUCAGAUUAGCUAUGGCCCAUUUGAUCCUCUCCUGAAUGAUAAGGUUCAGUAUCCAUAUGUCUAUCAGCUGGGCAGCAAGGAAUCUACUCUUCACCUGGCAUUCAUCCAAUUGAUGCUGCAUUUUGAGUGGACUUGGGUGGGACUGCUCCUUUCGGCUAACACAAAAGGGGAAACGUUCUUCAUUGAUCUGAAAGAAGAGAUGGCCAAGAAUGGGCUCUGUGUGGCUAUUAAGGAAAGAGUUCCUCAAAAUAUUGGAAUAAAAGAUAGUUUUUAUCUCCUUUCUAGGGUCAUUGCAUCAUCAUCAAAUGUGAUUUUCAUCUAUGGAGAUUCUGAUUCCCUUCAAGAACUUUCUAUUGUAUUGAACACGUAUAUACCUUAUGGAAAGCUGUUGGUUACCACAUCUUCUUGGGAUUUUUCUAUCGAUAUUAAUUUUGAACGGUUUCCCAUUUUUCAUGGUACAAUACUAUUUUCUCAUGCCCAGAAGGAAAUUCCAGGUUUCACAGAUUUUGUAAGAAACAUGAAUCCUGUCAUGAAUCCUGAGGACAUUUUCCUAAAAGCCUUCUGGGAAUCUGUCUUCAAUUGUAGAUUUUCAGAUAAAAAAGAUGGACAAAUGUUCUAUCCUUUGUGUCCAGGAGAUUUUUCCUUUAGAGAUAUUUCCUUUAUGAAAAUUGACAUGGUCCUUAUGGAACUGAUUCCUAAUGUUUACAAUGCAGUGUAUUUAGUUGCCCAUGCUCUCCAUCAAAUGAUCCAUUCUGAGGCAAAAGAGGCAUCAGACCUGGCAAGAAACUCAAAUUUUUUUUGGAAGCUCCACCACUUUCUGAAAUAUAUCAAUUGUGCCACUAAUGACAGUGAUGAGUCAUGUUGGAACGGAACAAAGCCAGUUGCUGAGGCUUAUGAUAUCCUAAAUUAUAAAUCCUUCCCUGAUCAGGUAGAGACGCUAGUCAAAGUGGGUGAAGUGUAUCCUCUUGCUCAGAGAUUCACCAUUAAGGAAGAAGACAUAGAUUGGCCAGAAGAUUUCCCUCAGACUCCAACUUCCAUGUGCAGUGUGAAAUGUGGCCCUGGAUUCAAGAAAACAUCUCUUAAAAACCAACCCAUCUGCUGCUUUGAUUGCACCCCGUGUCCUGAAGAGAAGAUUUCCAACCAGACUGAUACAGAGGAGUGCCUGCAGUGCCCUGAAGAUCAGUAUCCUACUAAGGAAAGAGAUCGUUGCCUCCCCAGGACUGUGACCUUCCUGGCCUACAAGGAACCUCUGGGAAUGACUCUGGCCUGUGUUGCCGUCUGCUUCUCCCUUCUCACUGUGCUGGUCCUGGGUAUCUUUGUGAAGCACAGGGACACCCCCAUAGUCAAAGCCAAUAACCACAGUCUCAGCUACACUCUGCUGGUCUCCCUCAGCCUCUGCUUCCUCUGUUCUUUGCUCUUCAUUGGCCAUCCUACCACAGCCACCUGCCUGUUGCGCCAAACCACAUUCGCAGUUGUCUUCACAGUGGCCGUUUCCUCUAUUUUGGCUAAAACCAUCACAGUGGUUCUGGCCUUCAGGACAACCAAACCAGGGAGCAGGCUCCGCAGGUGGCUGGGAUCCACAGCAUCUUACUCCCUCAUUUUUGCCUGCAGCCUCAUCCAAAUGUGUCUCUGUGGCAUCUGGCUUGGGACAUCCCCCCCGUUCCUGGAGAUGGACGUCCACUCUGAGCCUGGCUCCAUUAUCAUCCAGUGCAAUGAGGGUUCCCUCCUCAUCUUCUACUGUGUCCUGGGCUACAUGGCCUUGCUGGCCUUGGCGAGCUUCACUGUGGCUUUCCUGGCCAGGAACCUGCCGGACACUUUCAAUGAAGCCAAGUUCCUGACCUUCAGCAUGCUUGUGUUCUGCAGCGUCUGGAUCUCCUUCCUGCCCUCGUACCAGAGUUCCAAGGGCAGGGCCACUGUGGCCUUGGAAGUCUUUGCCAUCUUGACCUCCAGUGCCGGGAUUCUCACUUGCAUAUUUGCUCCCAAGUGCUUUGUGAUCCUUCUAAGAGCUGAACAAAAUACUCUGCAGAUACUUAAAAGGAAAGCUACUUUCUGA